AUGGCGGAAGAAGAUCAAUCACAGCCCUUGGUGGUCUACCUUCACGGUGACCUCGAUUUGAAAAUUCUAGAAGCGCGGUGUUUGCCCAACAUGGAUAUGGUCUCCGAGCGUCUCCGCCGCUUCUUCUCGGCGUGCCGAAAGCCUUUUUCGAGUGGCACGCCGCACCACUCUCACCACAAUAUCAUCACCAGCGACCCUUACGUCACCGUCUGCCUCGCCGGAGCCACCGUCGCUCGCACGCGGGUCAUUUCCAACUCCCAGAACCCCGUCUGGAAAGAGCACUUCACGAUCCCCCUCGCCCAUCCGGUCUCCCAAGUCGACUUCUACGUCAAGGACAACGACAUGUUCGGCGCUGAUUUAAUCGGCAUCGCAAAGGUUUCGGCGCAGCGAAUCCUCUCCGGCGAAACCAUCAGCGAUUGGUUCCCGAUCAUUGGGCCAUUGGGCAAGCCGCCGAAACCAGACGCCGCCGUUAAGCUGGAGAUGAGGUUCACGAAAUGCGAGGACAAUCCGAUGUAUCAGCAAGGCAUUUCAAACGACCCCGAUCGUAUCGGGAUCAGAAAUUGUUAUUUUCCGGUGAGGCAAGGAGGGCAUGUGACGCUGUAUCAGGACGCACACGUGCCGGAUUCAAUGCUAGGGGAGAUAGAAUUGGACGACGGGGUUGUGUUUGAGCACGGCAAGUGUUGGGAGGAUAUAUGCCAUGCGAUAUUGGAGGCACAUCACUUGGUGUAUAUCGUGGGUUGGUCCAUUUUUCAUAAGGUGAAGCUGGUGAGAGAGCCCACGAAGCCUUUGCCGAGCGGUGGGAAUUUGAAUUUGGGGGAGCUGCUCAAGUACAAGUCCGAAGAAGGCCUGCGAGUUUUGUUGCUGGUUUGGGAUGAUAAAACUUCUCACAGCAAAUUCUUCAUCAACACGAAUGGAGUGAUGCAAACUCAUGACGAAGAAACACGCAAGUUUUUUAAGCACUCUUCGGUUUCAUGCGUGCUGUCACCUCGAUAUGCCAGCAGUAAGCUUAGCAUUUUCAAGCAACAGGUUGUUGGAACUCUGUUUACCCAUCACCAGAAAUGUGUGAUUGUGGAUACACAAGCAUCUGGAAAUAAUCGAAAGAUUACUGCAUUCAUAGGAGGUCUAGACCUUUGUGAUGGCCGCUAUGAUACUCCCGAGCAUCGACUUUUUCGCGACCUUGACACUGUUUUCCAGGAUGAUUUUCAUAAUCCUACAUUUUCUGGAGGAACAAGGGGUCCAAGACAACCGUGGCAUGACUUACAUUGCAAGAUUGAAGGUCCAGCUGCGUACGAUGUGCUUACUAAUUUUGAGCAGCGUUGGAGAAGAGCCACAAAGUGGUCGGAGUUGGGCCAACGCUUUAAGAAAGUAUCUCGUUGGCACGACGACGCUUUGAUAAAGUUGGAGCGGAUCUCAUGGAUACUUAGUCCCUCCUCCUCAACUUCCAACGAUGAUCCCGCCUUACGGGUUUCGCAUGAAGAUGACCCUCAAAACUGGCAUGUUCAGGUCUUUCGAUCCAUAGAUUCUGGAUCUCUGAAAGGAUUUCCUAAGGAUGUUUAUGAAGCAGAGGCUCAGAAUCUUGUUUGUGCCAAAAAUUUGGUAAUAGACAAGAGCAUCCAAACAGCAUACAUCGAGGCAAUCAGAUCUGCCCAACACUUCAUAUAUAUUGAGAAUCAGUAUUUCCUCGGAUCAUCAUAUGGAUGGCCUACUUACAAAGAAGCAGGUGCUGACAAUUUAAUUCCAAUGGAGUUGGCACUAAAGAUUGCAAGUAAGAUAAAAGCCAAUGAGAGAUUUGCAGUGUAUAUCGUCAUACCCAUGUGGCCAGAGGGUGUGCCCUCUUCUGCUUCUGUGCAAGAAAUUCUCUUUUGGCAGGGACAAACAAUGCAAAUGAUGUAUGAAAUCAUAGCAAAAGAGCUGAAAUCCAUGAACCUUGAGAAUGUUCAUCCACACGACUAUUUAAAUUUCUACUGUCUUGGUAACCGGGAGAAGAUACCGGACACAGUGUCCUGUGCAGUUAACAAAACUUCUGGAAAUGGAGAAUAUCACACGGUUUCGGCCUCCCAAAAGUUUCAACGGUUUAUGAUUUAUGUGCAUGCCAAGGGAAUGGUUGUAGAUGAUGAGUACGUGAUCAUAGGGUCUGCAAAUAUAAACCAACGAUCCAUGGCUGGUUCUAGGGACACCGAGAUAGCCAUGGGUGCAUAUCAACCGCAUCACACGUGGGGCAAGAAGAAGCGGCAUCCUCGUGGCCAGGUAUAUGGGUAUAGAAUGUCACUGUGGGCAGAACACUUGGGGAUGGUGGAUAGUUGCUUCAAGGAGGCUGGAAGUUUGGAGUGUGUGAAGCGAGUGAACUCGAUUGCGGAAGAGAAUUGGACGAAGUUUGUGGGAGAUGAGUUUGCAGCAUUACAAGGGCAUCUCAUUAAAUACCCAGUUGAGGUAGAUGUCAAUGGGAAGGUAGGUGCUUUGCCUGGACGAGAGAGUUUCCCUGAUGUUGGCGGUAAGAUCCUUGGAACCCGUACCACUCUUCCUGAUGCACUCACUACUUAA